AUGUCGACAAAGCAGUAUCCCACCAGAUGGAAGAGAGCUGCAAUCAUUCCCCUUAGCAAGGACCCAAACCCUAAAACUCCGUCAGACACACGUCCGAUUGCAAAUCUUCCUCAUCUUGCCAAGACUUUCGAUAAUAUUAUCGUCCAGUGGAUCACUGAUUUUUUGAAGGGAAACAAUCUGAUUUCUGAUUUCCAAUCGGGUUUUCGUAAGCAUUACAGCACGCAGACAGCUCUUUUGGAGAUCACCGAUAUUCGCUUUGGCUUUGAUGAGGCUCUUGUAACAAUCUUGCUCUUGUUUAAUUUCAAGAAGGCGUUUGACUCCUUCGAUUAUACUGUGCUUCUUGUGAUUCUUAGGGAGUUAAGCUUUUUGGAUGAUGGUGUCACGUUUAUCUACUCUUAUAUAACGGGCCGUUUCCAGAGAGUGCUUGAUCUUGACGAUACCAUUUUCCAGUUCCUUGUGGUCACUUCCGGGGUUCCACAGAGUUCAGCACCUGGCCCUAUCAUAUUUCUGUUAUUUAUAAGUUCUCUUUUACUUGUCCUAUUCCAUUCUGUUGGUAUGCUUUUGGCCGACGACCUCCAAAUUUAUAUUCAGUGUAAACCUUAUGAGGUAAAUGAGGAAAUCUUGAAGUUAAACCAGGGUGAAAAUCGCGUAGUAAAUUGGUCAAUCAUACGUGGAAUUGAUAUCCAUUUUGCUAAGACGACGGCUAUGCUAUUCGGAUCAGUCCAACAAUUACGAUUUCUGGACUUGAGUGCACUAUAUCCAGUUGCCAUUGGAGAUAACAUCAUUCCGCUCGUGUCUACUGUGAGGGACUUAGGGCUCAUCCUGUCUAAUAGUCUUCAGUGGAACUCCCAGGUGACCCAAGUUUUAUCGCGUGUGCACGAUGCACUGCAUAAGUUGCGGAGAAGAGGGUCGAUUCUGCCGUUAGCCCUUCGCAAGGAGCUGGUCACUGCCCUUGUGUUGCCUCACUUCGACUAUGCGUGUCUAGUCUAUUGCAAUCUGCCUGAUUAUCUUAACAUUAAGCUCCAGCAAUUGCUGAACCAAACCCUUACAACUCAAAAGCCGGAAUACUUGUGUGCCUUAUUCCCUUCGCUGAGAGACGAAAUUCGGCGCUCUGGGCGUCUUCAACAAUCUUGCUUUGAUAUCCCUCUGGCUCGUACUGCCACAUAUGAAAGUUCAUUUACAGUGCAAGCUAUGCUUCUUUGGGACUCAUUGCCCGCUUCUCUAUGCCUCAGGGAGAACAGUGCAAAUUUUAGGCUGGGAUUGUUGGAGUACCUCAAAUCACGUGAUAUUUGUUUCACGGAAUAG